AUGGCUUCACGGGAGGGCGAGAACGGCGCCGGGGGUGACAAUGUGGUCAAUGCGGCCAACGGGGGUGAAAAUACCGCGGCGGUCAACGGGGGUGGAAAUGGCGGGAGUGCAGCACAAGUACCGGUUCCAGCACCAGCACCAGCACCAGCACCAGCACCGGCGACGGUGUUUCCGCUGUUUGAUCUCAAGAAACGCAAAGAACUCCACCAAAAACCACCCCCCCCACCACCCACACGCAAAUCCCGCGCCCCCCGCUCCACCACGCCCACCUCCUCCUCCCUCUCAGACAACGAGUCACCCGCCCCCACCUCCACCUCCACCUCCACCACCACCACCACCGCCGCAAAGAAAAAGCAAAACCCAAAACAACCCGCAAAGCCCAAAUGCCGCCCCAAAGACGACCCCGACGGCGACUUCUCCGCCGCAAAGCCGCGGCCGCGCAGGGCGCCGCGCAGAGCGGGCGCGAAGAAGAAGCUGCUGAAGCCGCCCAAGGACACGGCGAAGAAGGACGAGAAGGAGGAGAAGGAGGAGGGGGGGAUGGCCGAGACGCCGUUUCUGACGCCUACGUCGUCGCCGCCGGCGAUGGACUGUGGUAGUGGCGAUGACAUGGACGUGGACGAGGUGGAUCUCGGCCGCGGCCGUCGCAAGCGCCGGCGGAAGACGCCGGUCGAGGAGCUUGCGGGGGCUGUACCGUCGUCGCCGGCGGUGGUGGCGCAGAUGGGGGCGCUCGCGGUGUCGCAGCCGCAGUCGCAGUCGCCGCGUCGGGAGCAGCAGAGGGCGGAUGCGUUUGGCGUGCUGAUGGGUAGGCGGAGCAACGCGGAGCGGAAAGAGGAGACUGUGGGGGUGGACUUGGAGCAGGAAGAAGAAGAGGAAGAGGAAGAUGAGCCCAUGCUGCCCCUGCACGCACCGGAGGCGGCGGGCGCGCGGAAGAGGAUACCGGUGUCGUGGGACUCGGAGACGGGGAUGCUGACGAUAAGGAGUAGUCCAGGCUUGUUGCCGUCGAGUCCGGCGCUGGGGCCGAUUAGUGUGCUGGAUUUGACGGCGAGGAGUGAUUUCGACAUAGGGGACGGGGACGGGGACGGGGAGGGGGAAGGGGGGGGAGGGGGGGGAGUGCUGAUGGGCCUGGGGAGGAGGAGGAGGGCGACCGCGAGGUAUGAUCCGGGCACGGGCAUCCUGAGUAUCAAGAGCAGCCCGAUCCUCGCGCCGGAGAGUGGCCUUGAUGCUGUUCCUGAUAGCGAUUUCUGCCUUUUGGACCAUGAACAACAGCAGGAAGAGGAUGAUAAAAAACUACCACUGCCACCUCCGGGCGAGUCUAUGGAGACAUCACAGCCCGAAAGCACAGCAAAACGGACAUCCGCAAAAUACGACACCACCACCGGCCUGCUCAUCAUCAGCAGCCCCAUCAUAGGCCCUAUAAAAACGCCCGAGCUGCGGCCCAAGAGCGCGUUCAGCCUGCUCGGGAAAAAGAAGAAAGAACCCCCACCUCCGCCUGCCCCAACAACUGCUCCUUCCCAGACAGCAGCACCGCCGGUACAGGAGCCACUGCCGACAGUCACGGUGCGGCAGGCGCCAAAGAAGGUGGCCGGCUCGCAGACCGGGAAGAGCGUGCACCCGUUCUUCAAGCCCGGGGGCCUCAAGAAAGUCCCCUCACCCCCAACCCAGCCCCAAUCCGACCCCGAGGAAGAGGUCACCGUCAACUCCCAGCCCCCACGGAGCAUCUUCAGCGCCACCCCAGGCCCAGCCCCCACCCUCAGCGCCUUCGCCAGCACCGCCAAGGUCGCAGUCCCAUGGGACAUCCCGUGGCCGACGCGCGCGAACUGCCACAUCCGCGACCUCCCCGCCACCCCGCUCCUGCCGCCAGCAGACGUGCGCCUGCCGCCCACCGACCGCAAGCGCAAGGAGCGCGCCGUCGUCGUGCCCGGCGCCGAAGACGUCCUGCAGCAGCUCGCGCGCACGCUGCGUGUCCCGCGCGUGGCCCGCGAGAUCGCGGCGCACGACUACUACACGCGCCGCUACUACGACGUGCCGGGCGAUGUGCGCCUGCCGGGGCGGAUCGUGACGACGGGGAGCGAGCUGCAGGCGAUGGUCAGGAGCCAGGUAGCCAGUCGGCUGCCGCACCCGGAGAGGGCGGCGGAUGGGGGCGGGGGCGGGAAGGUGCACCCGGGGCUGCUGAGGCUGUAUCGGAGGUUGAAGAACGAGCUGACGCCGUUCGACGUGAGUGAGUGCGAGACGAGCUGCUGGGAGGUCAAGUAUGCGCCGGAGAGCGCGGGCGAGGUGCUGCAGACGGGGAAGGAGACGCAGGUAUUGAGGGACUGGCUGCUGGCGCUGAAGGUGGAGAGCGUGGCGCCGGCGCCGGCGUCGGCGUCGGCCGCGAGGGCGACGAAGCGGAAGACGAGGAGCGUGAAGGGCGCUGCGGCAAAGAAGCGCAAGAAGAAGAAGGACGCGGAGUUGUCGGACUUCAUCAUCGACAGCGAGGAGGAGCGCGACGAGAUGAACGAGAUCUCGGACGCGGAGGACAGCAACAGCGGCAGCGGCAGCGGCGUGUUCGGGGCCAAGAAGUCGACGAUCCGCGCGGGUGAUAAGGGCGGUGAUUGCCCGUUCGGCGGGCCGAAGGAGCCCGGGAGGCUGGUCAACGCGGUGGUCAUCAGCGGGCCCAACGGGUGCGGGAAGACGGCGGCCGUGUAUGCGAUUGCGAAGGAGGCGGGGUUCACGGUGUUUGAGGUGUCGCCGGGCAUGCGGCGGAACGGGAAGGACAUCGUUGACCAGGUGGGCGAGAUGAGUAGGACGCAUCUCGUGCACCAGGCCAAGGCUGCCGCGCCCGAGGCGGGGGCGUUCUUCAAGCCGAAAUCGGCGCGGGAGGAGGAGGCGGCGGUGGCAGUGGGGGUGGGGGUGGGGGGGCAAAAGGCGGCGCCGGCAGCGCAGCAGCAGCAGUCGUUGAUCCUGAUUGAGGAGGCCGAUGUGCUCUUCGACGAGGACAAGAACUUCUGGUCGAGCGUGCAGACGCUCAUGGCGCAGAGCAAGCGCCCCAUCGUGUUCACUUGCAACGACGAGAGCCUCCUCCCCAUCAGCAGCCUCUCGCUGCACGCCGUUCUGCGCUUCACCCCGCCGCCCAGAGACCUGCUGGUCGACAAUCUCGUGCUGAUGUGCGCGAACGAGGGACACCUGCUGGAGCGCGAGAGCGUGCAGAGCCUCGUCGCGGCGAAGAAAGACGAUAUGAGGGCUGCCCUUGUAGAGCUGGAGUUCUGGUGCCGCCUGGGGCUGGGGGACCGGAAGGGGGGAUUGGACUGGAUGGUGAUGCGGUGGCCGGAGGGGGUGGAUGUGGCGGACAAUGGCGAGCGGAUGAGGGUCGUGAGCGAGGGGACGUACCUGAAGGGCAUGGGCGCGUUUGAUCGUGUGCCCAGGGGGGGGCAGCGCAGGUUGAGGGAUGCGUGGGAGAUGUGGGGGGUGGAUGUCGGGCCUGCGGACGGCGGGGAGGAGCUGGCGAGGGAGAUGCGCGGCGGGGAGGGCAUGCAUGUGGCGGGGGCGCUGCGGACUUGCGAGGAGUAUGCGGAGGCGUUGAGUGCCGUGGAUGUGUAUGCGGGCGCCUCCAUGCGGGGCUUUGAUGAGCAAUUCAUGGACAGCACGCAGCCGCCCCCCAGCGCCAAAGUCCGCGCAGACGAUCUCCAGGGCCACACAACGCUGCGCGAAGACCCCCUCGACCGCCUCUACACCGUGGGCACCGACCUGGCCACCACCGUGCGCUACCUCGCGAAGCGCCACCUCUACGGCGGCAAGUACACCGCGCUCAAGGACAGCCAGCUCGUGGACCUCAUCACGCAGCGGGGACGCAUCAAGAAAGAACUAGCACCACUAUCACCCCACUACCUGACCGAGACCUUCCGCCCCCUCUCGUACGCGUCGACCGUUUUUGCGACGACCCCCGCGAUCGUGCAUUCGGCGAUCAAUAGGACGCCGGCCGUGCUGAUGCUGGAUGUGGCGCCGUACGUGCGUGGUAUUGUGCGGCAUGAUGCGCGGCAGGCGGAGCUGCGGGUUAGGGCGAGUGGGCUGCUGUCUGCUGGUGGCGGCGGGAGGGUGACGAGGACGGCGAGGAACGCAGGGGAGGGCGGGGAUCGGAGGAGGAGGGAUAGGUGGCUGGGGGUGGCGGGGGUGGAGGCGGGGAUGGUGCUGGGGAGUGGGGGGGUGGGGUGGGGUGCGGGUGCGGGGGCGGAGGAGGAGGAGGAGGAGGAGGAGGAGGGGGAUGGGGAGAGGGAUGGGGAGUAUGAGUUGGAGGAGGAGGAGUUAGACUAG